AUGGCAUCUUCCGAAAAUAAAACAGUCAUUGUAACCGGUUGCAGCAGCGGUAUUGGUCUGGCAACAACUCUUCUCUUUCUCUCACAGAAUGCACAAGUCUUCGGUGUCGAUAUAUCACCUUUCAACCAUGAGCUUGAUACCACCCAAAAAGAGUCCUUCGCUUUCCACGAAGCAGAUCUUUGCAAGCCCGGCGCAGCCGAAGAGGCGAUUUCUGCUUGCAUCGCAAGAUAUGGCCCGAAUAUCGACGUGCUAGCCAAUGUUGCGGGUGUCAUGGAUGCUUUUGGCAGCGCUGAUACGGUCAAAGACUCGGAAUGGGAGCGCGUCCUUACCAUCAAUCUCACGGUUCCGGUCCGGAUGAUGGCAGCUGUAUUGCCUAGCAUGAAAGACCAAAAGAGCGGUGCCAUCGUGAACGUUGGUAGCUAUGCAAGUCUCUCGGGUGCGGUGGCUGGCAUUGCAUACACAGCCAGUAAACAUGGGCUUGUCGGUGCGACCAAGAACGUCGCUUGGCGCUUUCGAAAAGAUGGUAUUAGAUGCAACGCUGUACUUCCAGGUGCCGUUCCCACUAACAUCCGCUCGUCGAUGGUGCAAGAGAACGUUGACCAGGCUGCAAUGGAAGUAUACAAUCCCGUGCAGGCCUUGUGCCAAGGCCUGAAGAGAGAUGAUCUGCCAUACGGAUCUGUAGGCCCUGACGAUAUUGCUCAGGGUAUUGCAUUCCUCGCGUCCGAUGCUGCAAAGACGAUCAGCGGUGUUAUGAUGCCGAUAGACAACGCUUGGUCAACGAUAUAG